AUGAUAGUUGAUUUGCUCUAUUAUUUUAGUAUUAAUUGGAUUCUUAAAGACACUAACUUAAAAAUAAAAAAUAAAAGUAAUAAUGACAAAUUAAUGAAUGUAACUAUAAUGGAGAAAAAUCAGGACAAAGAGCUAUCAAGAUUGAUCACUUCUUUGUCGAAAGAAGUCGAUGUAAUUCCCAGUGAAUCUAAGAAAAUUUCGGCUUUUAAAUUGGCGAAAAGAAGACUUAACCACAGGGAAAGACAAAUCCAUAAAACAGGGUAUGGAAUGGGCCCAAAAGCUGAUGAAAAAAAUCACGAUAAAGGAAAUGACAAAAGGACUGAAUGUACUGAUACGGAGUCAGAUUCCGAGAAUUCAUCUGUAGAUGGUGAAAAAGAUUUUUUUGCCAAAGCUUGGGAAAAUGAAACAAAUGAAAAAACGGAAUCCCAGAUAACAAAUAGAGAGUGGCUAGAAUCUGAAAUCAACUCUUUUUGUAAUGCCAUAGAUAGACAGUUGGGUAAACCCAUUAAUGUUUCCAACAGUAAUAACAUAAUUUAUCCAAACACAUCAAGGGUAAAUUUAGAGGAGAGCUUAGAUUCUAAAAAUCCGAUCCGAUUCUCGUCAAACAAUAAAACACAGGAAGGUGUUGAUAAAAGUUUAGCUGAGCAACAAGUAGGACAUAACGGCUUUAUAGGUAAGACUGGAAAACUUCAAUUUGUAGAAAUUUAUAAUCAGGUGAAAGCGACUUGGAGAAAACAAGAAUUUCCCAGGCAAAAGAAAAUAUUCAUCAAACAACUCAAAGGAAUUUUCGAUAAGGAGAAAGGAAAGGAGGCACUAAUAGAGAAAAUAAUGGAUAAGUCAAGUAUAGAAAAACUAAAGAAUCACUCAGGUAUCAAUUACAACACCUUUUAUUCACUUUAUAACAUUAAUAGUAUAUUAUCUCCUCAUCACACAGGAAAUUGGUUAAAGACUAUACCCAUGUAUUUGAUUGUAGAAUUGUACAAAAUAAACUUUAUGAGUCUAUUGGAGAGGUAUAACCAGGUGAAGAGAGCACAUUCGAUGGUAGUUCCGAGGAUGCAGAUGGUCGAGAUACAGAACAAGAUCCUCUUUGAAAUAAUUAGCAAGAUUUAUUCAGAUGACGAGCAUAACUUGUACCUUCUGAAAGAGUUCAUAGGUAAGCGAAAGAGUCAAGAAAAUUUCCAGAAAUCAAGUCGUUUUGCAUCCACUCGAUAA